AUGCGAGACUACCACAGAGCUCCAGGUGCGCUACUGCCUAAUGGGCGUGGUCUGGCGCUUGAGCAAGCGAAUAUCUUCGAUUAUAAGCUGCACGACCAGUUGAUCGAAAAGUACUCUGAAUAUCGAUUGAUGCCGACACCUCCUGGCUUUGCAACUGUCGGGAUGGGGCAGAUCGAGGCGGCAGACCGUCGGUUCUUCAUGCUUAUGGCAGAGAAGUUCCUUUCGAUGAUCCAGCAAGCCUUUGGCUGCUGCUGCCAAGGCUCCCCGUCCAAGAAGCGCCGCUUGGGCUCAAAGGGCCGAGGCAAGGGCAAGGGCAAGGGCCGCGGUGAGCGGUCUGCAGGAGGCAUUGUUCCGGUCCAGCUGUUGCGCCUCGGCUGUGUUGCCAGUACCUUCCGUGGGAACCCCGUGUGCUUUUGA